CGACUACACACAUUGUCGGGGCACGGAAAUAUCAAUAUUCACGUUGUAUUGGCACGCCGAACAAACGGCCGACAUUUUGCCCAUACGUGAGGGAAAGUUGCGAGUUUUUAAAACAUUUCCAAAGGAGAGAAUACAACACGAGUCCGUUCGAUGAGUUGUCAAUGUCAUAAAAAUGACAAAAGCCUGUCGAAAACUUUUAGAAAGCCAUUCUCAAUCAGCAGGUGAAGGGAAAGAAAAGUCAGGAAUUCAAGUUGCAGGGAUGAGCGCCGGCGCAACCGAAUAAACUUCGGGGUUCCCGUCACAGUCGGAUCACGUGAUGUUGAUGAUUGGCCACGCCCUUGUUUUUACCUGCCCACUGCCGGUGAACGGGGGGGGGGGGGGUAGAGUAGGUGUGUUCUGCUCUUAGAGAUCGAUUCAUUUACCUUUUCCCGUUGCUCUCACUCGUCCCUCUUGAGCUUGUCUAUGGGGGUUUCGAUCUGAUGCGCUUCAAACACACAACCGGAUGGCUCUCCACAUGCCAGUGACAUGGUGUGUCACCCCUGUCGAGUAGUGGUUUCAUUCCUUCGGUCGAAAAUCGCAAAAUACCCGGCGGCCUUUAGUAUUCGCUGGUGUUGUUCAACGGCGACUUGUGACUUGUGCGGAGAAUCGUGGUCGUUUCGGUGGUGGUGGUGGUGGACAAUCGGCGGAUAAAUCGAAAAACCAAAAAAAUGGGUCCGUCAUGAAUCCAGUCAUUCUUCUAUUCCUUCGAGUCGGACUGGUGGCCGUCGGGUGGUCGGCCUUGUCCGCCCAAGCCGCUCCCGUUUUACCGUCUUCAUUGGAUGUUGAACUGGUGGAUGUCACAGCAGUCGAUGGCGAUGAUAUUGUCCAAAGUUCCAUGAUCACGCCAUUCCCAUCUGGCAACGCCGCCGAAGGAUUGCAACCGGACGAGCCCAACUUUUUCUGGAGUGGCUCCGGUGAUGAUCCCGACGCCGGAAUGACAUACUGGAUCACGACAACCGUGUAUAAAACGGCUGUCGUGACCAUGACUCCAUCCACGCCCAAACCGACCGUCGCCACUACAUCUCCGACGACCAUUAUUACCCCGACUCCGCCCCUCAAGGAAUCAUCAAGUCCUCCCAUCACCUGGCCGAUCGAAGCCUUCCAGCCGCGAAAUUGGAUUCGAACGGUCAUCCGCUCGGAUUCGAAUGAAACUUGGCCCAGAUUCCACCAACUCGUCCAGUCUCGGCUGGCCAAAAUGUAUUCCGACUUGCUGCAGCAACGGAACGGGAGCAGCACCGCCGCCGGGGCCGGGACCGUUUCGCCGCGUGCCUACGUCAUCAUUCACAACAUCACCCGUCGAUUGGGAGAUGUCGACGUCAUCUACGCUCUGUCGACUUGGCAUCAUCAAAUGCUGAUGGGAGGAUCUGUCACGACGCGUCUAGUCGAACCUUAUUUGGCGGUCGGAGCGGUGCGGAGAGUCGACGUCACGCGUCAAUUGUGUCACCGGCCGGUGAACGACACGCAGGAUGUUGCGUUGUGCCACUCGGUCGUCAUCCAAGCCGAACCUUUCAUCCGCGCGGAAGAGACGAGCGUGGCCGCCACGGCCAGUGCUAGUACCCAAUACUGGAUCGUCGGCACCAUCAUAGCCGUCGUUUUCCUUGUGAUCCUAGUCGUCGUCCUCAUCUACCUGAUGGGUCGCAAGAAGAACGAGCGGAUUAAUAAGAAAGAUGUCGCCGUCGGCAAUUCGUCUCCCCCGCUGCCCCAAUCCGAAUCGACUUCCCGGGCUAGUCGGAGCAAAGCUAGCAAGUUUUCGAAACAAAUCGUGUCAAAACUGGUGGCGAAGGCGCCAGCCGAAGUCGAGAAGGAUCCCGAUCCUUGGAUUAGAAAGUCGCGCAGUACGUCGAAGAAGCAUCGCAAAAAUAAACGGCAGCUGCGGCCCCUAACGGCCCCGGAGAGAAAUGCGCACCGCCAAAGUUCCAGUAGUCUCUCGGCCAUUGUUUCCGGAUCUUCCACGACAAGCAGUCUCGACCGAAUGGAAUAUCGUCUAUCUCGCGAAGAGCCCGUUCAACCCAGCCGUGGCGCCCGCCGACUAAAACGGAAGAAAACGUCAAAGACUGGCGUCAUGUCACCCGAGAAAGCCAAUAAAGAAGAAGAAGAAGAAUCGCGGGUCUCGGUGGUGGACCCACCCGUUGCAAAACCGCGGCGUCAGAAGAGCCGCACUUCCGUCGAAAUGGAAACUCAGGAAGUAUCGGCCGAUUUUAGUGGCCGACCGGACACCCCUGAUGAUGACAAACUAAUAACCCACGAAGCCCCGGAAUUAGUUGUUCUGACUGACGACUAUGGAUGGCGACCAGGCAGUCUGAUUCCGUCCAGGGUGACCGUCGGUGUCUUUGGUUCUAGGAAAAUCUCUUCUGCUCCAGUCGCUCUUGAAACUACCAGACAGGCUGCGAGAAAUGGUCGAGAAACUGUCCAGCCCAGACGGGCGUGGUCGACGCCUGAUCAAGUGGAACGUAUCGGAUCAUCGAAUUAUGUCGAGCACAUCAUUCCAAAUAAGAAUUACGAAUCAUCCGCCAAUGAGAGUGCGAACGGUCAAUCGACCCCAGAACCGCAACGACCGACAAAGAGCCAAUUGAAGCAUCCAACUCUUCACAUCCAUUCGAUAUCUUAUCCUACUUGGCCCAGCUUAAGCGACACGGAUCCGGCCAUCGAGUUGAUUCGCUCCAUUAAAGAAGAAUUGAAAAAAUUUGAUCCAAAAGUUUCUUAGGUUUGCCUCUUUGAGGUGAACGGCAUUGAAAUAUUCGGCCAAGAAAAUAGGAUUCUUUUCGACCAAUGGUUUUUGGUAAAGUAAUAAUCAAAUGUUUGAACAAAAGAUUAUCAUCCCCUGAAUGAGUUUGUCGCAGCAUGUAAUCAAUAACUAAACCAUGGACACUUCCGAGACUGAAAUCAAGCCCCGCCCUAAUAUUUUUGGGCUGUUUCGGAAGCAUUGUACUUUGUAUAUAACGUGAUGGGAAUUUGAUUUAAUUGUUAAGUCCGUUUGUUUCUGUGUAAAACGUACAAAUGAUGAAAAUGUUUUUUGCGCAUUCUAUUCUUCUACCUGCCCCUUGUGAACAUUGUUAUCAUUUAUGGUGGUUUUUUUUUGUCUGCAGUUGCAAUUACAACUUUUCAUCGUGA